AUGGUUGCAGUGAGCGCGGAGAGCCCCGUGGAUCAGUACCAGACGCUGGCGUACGACACCGCGCUCAGUACUUUACUCGCUGUGCUGGUGUACGCGGUGGUGAAGGUGAGCCUGGACGGGAUCCGUCAGUGGCGGGCUCGGAUCUCGGUUCUGAUCGUGGGCUCGGGUCCGAUCGGGCUGACCGCGGCUCUGGUCGCUGUCCGCUCCGGUAAAGUGCUGAAACUGACGCUCCUGGAUGAGCGCUACCGGAGCGCGCUGCUCUGCAGACCGCAGCAGAUCGCGCUGGACCCCCGCAGCGUCCGCUUCCUCCUGGACCUGGGGGUGGAUUUUGACAACAUGGAAGGCUGCUGGCACAACGAGCACUUCUUCACCAAAAUCGGAGUGUUUCAGGAGUAUUUGCUGAGCAUCCUGGAGCAGAAGAAGCAAAAGGUUGAUGUGAAAGUCCAUUUGGGUACAAAGUUUAGCGAGGAGUACCUGAGGAAGAUGCCGAGGGGUGAAUGGCCGCGGGUGAUUGUGGUUGCUGACGGCGCCAAUGCUACUAUAGAAAGACCGGACCAGAGACAGGUUCCCACACCUGAGAUCCGUGCACAUAGUUUGUAUUUUGAUCUGUCGGCGUACGGGAUCGACACUGUGAGGGAAUCCCGCAGCUCCUCGCAGCCGCCAGCGAAGCCUGGAUUCCACCUGAAGAUCUACGGGACGUUCCGGAACCGCUGCAUGGCUCUGGCCUGCACUUCAGACGCAGACUCCAAAAUGAUGCAUUUCCUGCGCCACACGGCCAACUCUUCGAUCAUGAAGAACAUCUUCCACCAGUCGUUCAACGCGUAUAAGACAGACAUCGAGCCUCGUCUGAGUGAACUCACGCUGCACCACAUGCAGUGCAGCCGCAAGCUGUUCGAGAUCAUGCUGUCCUACAGACGCGUCAGCGCCGCUUACAUCGAAGGAGACAACGUGGCCGUGACUGUGGAAGGAGAAGCUGUGCGAGUGCUCAACUUCGACACUGGUUGUGGUGUGAAUCUGGGCAUGAGAGGCCUGGAGUCUCUGGGAUUGUUCAUCUACAGAACGGCCACGGCGCUGGACCAGAACGACGUGUUUGAGGCGCUCUCGGCCAAACUCCAGCACUCCAGACACGUGGCAGAGACGUUCAGGAAGAGCGGACUGGCCUCGGCUGUGUUUGAAUGACCCUGAGCGUGUGUGUGUGUGUGUGUGUGUGUUUUGAGGUGAGUUAUAAACUUACAACACCUGUAACGCUUACAUAUUGAUCUAUUUUGUGAUCGUUUUCGGAAUGUUGAAUAUUCAGUGCACAUUAGAGUGACCAAAGUUUGUGUUUUAGCAUUUCAUUUGUGGAAAAAUGUGAUCAUUAUUGGUGUAAUGUGAAGAUAAACAGUGCAUUGUGCUUUUGAGUAGACCUUGACAAAAACAAGAAUUGGAGACCGAUCCAGCCUAAAAUGACCACAGAUCUUACUGAAGAUACAGUGACCAUAAAAAAAGAUAUGUGGAGUCUUUUAAAAUAUAAAAGCCACUGCAUUAGAUAAUAGAAUAUCGACGCAAGUGCCCUAAUUAGUGCAGUGUUAGUCCCCAACAGGACGAGCGAGUCAGACUGCACUAUGAAACUGAUACUAGCACUAUGACAGUGAACAGGUACAGCAGUAGUUCAGUGUGGAUCACUAACAGACAGCAGCAUCAGAUCUGUAGAAAUGAAGUGCCUGGCAGAAACCACAUUCCGUUCAUGUUACAUACAGAAAUAAAGAUGUCUAUUUAUUUUAUGAUAUUUGUUAAUAAAAUGAAGUGUUUGCCUUCUAAUUCUGAGCAUUCUUUCUUAUUCAGGUGUAUACUUGUGAUCUGAAGCAGGGUGAUUAUAUUUCACGUAAACUAGAACUGGAUAUAAAACAUU